CAUAUUUGUAUCCGGGUCAACUUUAUUAUUUUACAGUUACAACGGUACUGAACGGGGAUACCAAAAGAAAUGGGGAUUUCUUUGUUUGUCAUAUGUUUUGUAUGUUUCUUGAACAUUUCGUUGGUAAAAGCAGACGACAUAGAGACACUGGAGGAGUUGCAAAAAGCCAUCAAAGUUGGCGAUAAUAAAAAGGUUGGAUUUUUAAGCCUCACAAACUUUCAGUCUGUGAAAACAGUUCUACCCUCCAACGUCCAGGUUGUCGUAUGUGACGGAGAGAAGGAAUACUUCGGAAUUCGUUGCAAGGCUACUGACGAUUUGCUGAAGUUGGUAAAAGAUGGAAAACUGAUUGCAGGACUGAUAUCUGGGCUACCCGAAGAACACCAUGCUGCGCAUGUGCACGUGUUCAGCAGCACGCUCAUAUCUCCACGUGCUAUGUUUAUGGUCCCGGAUGUCUCCUUCGCCCAUCCCCAUGGGGCACCCCCACAGAAAUCAAGCCGUGACUUGUCGAGAGCUCUGAAUGCAGCGAUAGUGAGGGUGCAAACGAAGGGUCUCGAUGAGAAAGCACGCCUGGCCAAUAUGCCCUUUGAGCUGGUUAUGGUACGCACGUGCAAAAGUGACGACUACGCAGCGUUCCCAGUACCAUCCAAAAGCAACGCCACCGGGCUUCUCCGAUAUGUUCUGGACACAAAGAUACUUAAGUUAGGAGCAUUUGGUCCAUUUAAUUGGGGAGAUAAUGAUGGCAACUAUCUUGUCACUCCACAUCGCGGAUUUUAUCCUGACCUGAUGGAAGCAAUUAUGGGAGAAUUCAGAAACCUGUCUGGUCCUGACGGUGAAAAGUAUGGCGAUGAUAUCGCACUACAGAGGGUAUGGUCAAAGACUUCCACUUUUCGUGAUCUUUUUGAUGGGAAGUCACACGUCACCGAGCCAUAUUACCUGAUAGAUGCAAGCUAUACUGGAACUGGAGAACCUUGUACCAACAGCAGUGACUGUCGCCCAGCCGCCAUACCAGGUGGACGCGAAUUCUGCGACACUUAUCGGGAAAGUGAUGGGAAAAUGGUACGGAACGCAACUACUGGGGAACUUCUGAAAAAGUGCCAACAUCCGGAGAGAGCAAUAAUUGACUUUUUUCGGUUGAGUUGUACAACUCUGGGCUCCGACAGCACCUUCUUUACGAAGAAAUCCCCUCUGUUAAUGAAGCAGACGACAGGGGAGUUAUCAACCGGCGCCAUUGUUGGCAUCAUCAUCGGCGUUGUCGUUCUGAUUACUGCUGCAGUUUUUAUUUGUUAUUUAGUCCAGCGAGAAAGACAGGGGCAACCUGUGUUUCAACCGAUCAAAAACAAUGAGCUAGGAUAAGAUUAUAAUUCUUAGCAAUCUAUGAUCUGAUUGCAAAACUGGUCCAGACAGUUCACGGGAUGAGAUAAUUCCUCAAUGGUACAUGUGCCAGUAUACAGUGUACUAUACGGAAUUUUGGGCCAAAUAUCAUUUUCUUAUAGUAAUAGGCAAAAAUCACUGACCCUUUUUUAUUUUAAGAAAUCGAUGUAUAAUUUAGGAGGCGCAACUCAUCGCAAACUAUUUUCGCGCAUACAUGUAUGCUUCUGAGAGUAAACACGGUAUAUAAUAAGUUAAAUUACAACAGGCAUAUAUGUAUGUACUGUUAGACCCCUGUUAGACCCCUGGGUUCGAGACCUACAAUUGACAUGAUCUUCACCCCUCCCCCCCUCCACCCGCCAGUAUUAUUUAUUGUAACAAUAUGUGUAUCGGUGUUUUUAAUGCCUAAUUUGUGUUCCUUGAUCAUUACACUUACAAUUUUUUGUGUUUUUUUAAGCGUCAAAGCGCCAAAAACACAAAAGGUACGCACCCAGUAGAAAAGGACAUGAAAUAAUAUACAUAUAUCGCAAAGGGGGAAAAGAAGAGGUGCCUUGGAUGGUACCUUAUACUGUUAAAAAAAUAUCGGAAAAAACAUGUUCAUACAUAUUGUGCACUGAGGGAGGAGUACGCCAAAAUGAUGUAUUAACACAUGUAAAAAUUUGCGUUUCCCAGAAGAAAAGUACACAUAACAAAA